GCGGCUGCUCCCGCUGCGGCGCCGGCAGGGACCGGCUUCCGAGAGACCCCGCGACACGCAGCCCACAGCACGGUUACAGUGAGAAAGCGGAGGCGGCCUAGAGAGACUCACCCUGAGAGUCGGGCGCACGGCCGGGACCAGAACCCAAGUCUCCUGACUCCCAGGCCAGCGCCCGGCCGUCCGCAGCCUUGCCCUCGCCCUUCUCCCUGGGGAGCGCAGGUGCGGUUAGAAACCGGUGUCGCUCCUGCCCCUGCAGAGCCCCGCCUGCACGUCAGAUCAGCUCGCAGCUCUGAUAACGCAGCAGUCCCGCGGGGGACCGGCCGCGCUCCGAUCGCCGGCGGCUGACAGUCUUCCAGGAUUGUCCCGGACCUCGCCCAGCGGCCGGCGCCCUCCCGCAGCUACCCGGGUCUCCGGUCUCCACGGUAACCCGUGCUUUGCGACCUUCACUUUGCAGCGGUCGCGCUGCCGGUGCAGCGGCGGUUGCUGGGCGACCACGGGGCGGCGGGGAGCCAGGGACCCCGGCGUCCCGGGGUGGGGGGUGGGGGCGGGAUGGCGCUGGCGGGGUCCCCGGGGGGUGCAGGCUGGACCUGGCGGCCGGUGGCUCGGGACGCGCUGCUGGCGAGAGCCUUCCACUCCUGCACUGAGCUGCAGGGCCGCUUCUACCUGGUGGGGGGCCUCCCGGGCGGGGGGGCGACAGAGCCGAGCGGCGACACGGUGGUCUUCGACCCUGCCGCGGGACAGGCCGUGCAGCUGGGCGCCCAGGGCUGCCCGCGGCGCAGCCACCAUGACGCGGCGCCCGUGGGCGGCCGCUGGCUCUGCGUGGUGGGCGGCUGGGACGGGGCACGCCGCCUGGCCACGGUAGCCGCCCUGGACACGGAGCGCGGCGUGUGGGAGGCGUGGAGCGCGGCCCCCGGCAGCCGGCCCCCCGCCGGCCUCAGCAGCCACACCUGCACCCGCGUCUCGGACCGAGAGCUGCGGGUGGCGGGCCGGGAGGGCGGGACCCGCACUCAGCGCCGCUACGGAAGCAUCUACUCGCUGAGGCUGGACCCCGGCGCCCGCACCUACUGCUAUAAGGAAGAGGGCUGCCACACAGCCUCCCGCUCGGGUCACUGCGCCGCCCUGCUCCCGACCUCGGGGCACCCCCCAGCUCACCAGCUGCUUCUCUUUGGGGGCUGCAACUCCGCCGAACCAGAAGUAGCUGGGCACUGGGGUCAGGGGAAAAUUAAGGAGGAACCACCCGCCGCCCCCCGUUUGAUGGAACAGCUUGCCAGGCUUGUGAGGACCCAGCAGGGCUCCCGGCAGGGGCCCCGGGGCCUGCGGCAUCACUCAUGCUCUGUGGUGGGGCCCUUCGCUGUGCUGUUUGGUGGAGAAACUCUGACCAAGACCAGAGACACCAUCUGCAAUGACCUCUACGUCUACGACACCCGCAAGUCCCCUUCUCUGUGGUUCCACUUCUCCAGUGCAGACCAUGGGCUGAAACGUGUGGGCCAUCGGACCUGCCUCUGGAACGAUCAGCUUUACCUGGUUGGGGGUUUUGGUGAGGACGGCAGGACACCGAGGCCACAGGUUUGCGUCCUGGACCUAUUUAUCUAAAGGGCAGUGCCAAGACGUAAGCCUCUGCUUUGUGGCAAACUCACACAGCGCCAUCCCCAGAGCUAUCCGCCUCACUUCAAAGGCUUAUUAAAUUUCAAUCUGAGAGU